AAGUAAGUUAUUAAUACUCAGUGAUAUUGACAUCUGCUUAUUAAUUAGAUUCUUAUUGAAAAUUUUAUUUAAAUAAUAAUCAAUAAAUUUAUUUGAUUCUAAUUUAAAAUUUUCUGUUACAUCAUCUAAACAGUUUUGACCGUCACCCUGUUAAGCAGCUGUCUAAGAAUAUAAAUUGAGUUUUAGGUGUUUAUUUAAUAAAUCUAUUUUGAAUAAUAAUACAAUGGAGAAAAACAGUGGCGAAUCUGACUCUGUUAUGAAAGGUGCUCUUAGACAACCAACUAGAGUUUUUAAGAAAAGUUCUCCUAAUGGAAAAAUAACUGUCUAUCUUGGAAAAAGAGAUUUUGUUGAUCAUAUUACAAAUGUUGAUCCUAUUGAUGGAGUUGUUUUAGUUGAUCCAGAUUAUGUAAAAGGAAGAAAAGUAUUUGGUCAUGUUUUGGCUGCUUUUCGCUAUGGCCGAGAAGAUUUAGAUGUUCUUGGUCUAACUUUUCGUAAAGAUUUAUAUAUUGCCUCUGAACAAAUAUAUCCUGUUGGUAAUAUUCGUACACCUACAAGGUUACAAGAACGUUUGAUCAAAAAACUUGGUCCUAAUGCUAUACCAUUCUAUUUUGAACUACCACCACACUGUCCAGCAUCUGUAACACUUCAACCAGCUGUUGGUGAUACUGGUAAACCAUGUGGGGUAGAUUAUGAAUUUAAAGCUUUUGUAGGCGAUACUGCAGAUGACAAACCUCAUAAAAGAAAUUCCAUUCGGUUAGCAAUACGUAAAAUUAUGUAUGCUCCCAAAAAAGAAGAGAUACAACCCUCAGUUGAGGUUUAUAAAGAAUUUGUUAUGAGCCCUAAUAAGUUAUAUUUAGAAGCAUCAUUAGAUAAAGAACUCUAUUACCAUGGUGAAAGUAUAUCUGUGAAUGUACAUAUAGCAAACAACUCUAAUCGAACAGUUAAAAAAGUGAAAGUGUUUGUUAGACAAUUUGCAGAUAUUUGCUUGUUUUCAACGGCUCAGUACAAGUGUACAGUUGCUGAAUUGGAGAGUGAAGAUGGUUGCCCCAUUGGUCCAGGCUUCACAUUAUCUAAAGUAUAUACAGUUAAACCUACUUUACAUAAUAAUAAAGAUAAACGUGGUUUAGCUUUAGAUGGUCAACUUAAACAUGAAGAUACUAAUCUAGCUUCUUCAACAAUUGUUAGCAAUCCAUCUCAAAAAGAAAAUCUUGGCAUAAUUGUUCAAUAUAAAGUUAAAGUAAAACUUUGUUUGGGAGCAUUAGGAGGAGAAUUAACUGCUGAACUUCCUUUCAUAUUGAUGCAUCCUAAACCAGAAGAAGAAAUUCCAAUUUCAGCCAAUAUUGCUACUAGUCCAGAUGCAGUAGUUGAUGAUAAUGGAGUCCGUGUAGAUAAUUUAAUUGAAUUAGAUGAAGAUGGUCCUGUACUUUCUCAUGAUGAAGAUAUUAUAUUUGAAGAUUUUGCUCGUCUAAGACUGAAAGCUGGUAAUGAUUAAAAAAAAUUAUUGUAAAAAUAUUUUUUUUAUAAGGUAAAGUAUAAUAUUAUUGAAACUCUUAAACAAUUUUUUGACUUUUGAUUUAUACACAUGGAGUUUUUAAAUCAAGUUCUAAUAUAAUCAAAAAG